UAAUUUGCUUCCUCUAUGUUUAAUGUACAGAUUUUGAAGCAUGAUUGGCCAGCAAGAUGGCAAAGCUUUAUUCCUGAUCUUGUUUCAGCUGCUAAAACUAGUGAAACAAUUUGUGAGAAUUGCAUGGCUAUAUUGAAGCUUCUAAGUGAAGAGGUGUUUGAUUUCUCAAGAGGAAAGAUGACUCAAAGUAAGAUAAAGGAGCUUAAACAAUCAUUGAACAGUGAAUUUCAACUCAUUCAUGAGCUAUGCUUAUAUGUACUAUCAGCCUCUCAAAGAACUGAGCUUAUACGUGCAACACUCUCCACAUUGCACGCAUUUCUCUCAUGGAUUCCCCUGGGAUAUAUAUUUGAGUCUCCAUUGCUUGAAACGCUGCUGAAUUUUUUCCCCAUGCCAUCGUAUCGGAAUCUCACUCUUCAGUGUUUGACAGAGGUUGCAGCACUUAAUUUUGGAGAUUUCUACAAUGCCCAGUACGUUAAGAUGUACACCAUAUUCAUGAAACUGUUACAUACCAUGAUUCCUCUUAAUACAAACAUUCCUGAGGCUUAUGCAAUUGGUUCUAGCGAAGAGCAGGCUUUUAUUCAGAAUUUGGCUUUGUUUUUCACUUCAUUUUAUAAGGCAAGUUUUUUUCUUUUUUCCCUUUAUACUUUCUUGAUCUUAGUAUUUACCACGUUUUGUUAUAUUUAUAUCUCAAUGGCCAUCCUCUUAUGGCUGUAAGUUAUGGUUCAUUUAGUUGUAGAACAGGCUUAAUGUCUCAAUAAGGCACUGCUUAAGGGAUUUAAUAAGAUAAUAUGGAAUCACAUUGUUUCCUUGUCAAAUAUCAAAGAUUUGAAGUUGCUGUUUAAAUACAUUGCAACAUUCACUGCUUAAGGGAUUUAAUAAGAUAAUAUACAAUCACAUUGUUUCCUUGUCAAAUCUCAAAGAUUUGAAGUUGCUGUUUAAAUACA